CUCAGUGGGAGUUAAGUGGGCACGCCGCCCACUCCAGCCUGGGUAGAUCUCAAGGUCUCAGUGCGAUACAGUUUCUCUGAUUCGCAAAAUCUUCUGGUGUUAGUGUUCACUGGGGGCGUGGGAGCUCAACUGGAAUGAAGGAUAGACAAAAGGGGAUUGUUUGGCUUUUUAAUUUUGUGGAAAGAACGGGAUUUUAAGAACAACACAGCAGAUUCUCAUUCUUCCCCUUAUUGACCUUCAUCUCUUUAAAACCAGGUCCACUUGGAAUAGUAAUACGCCAGCUACUCCUAGCUGCAGCAAUCCUCUGGAUCAGGAUCACCUGCAGAAAUAUUAUAAUGCAUGUCAGGAAAGAUGUAGUAGAGCUGAAAUGUCUUUUCUGGAGAACAGUCUCUUUUUAAUGGACACUUAAUUUCCAAAGUCACCUCUAGGUCUGCAGGCUGGCUUUGCUACAUGGACAAAGUUGAAGAGAUACACUUGGAUAUCUUCCAUGUACAGACCUGGGGACGCAGAUUUGGAAACAAUAACAACUACAUGAACAUGGCAGAGGCAAAUAAUGCAUUUCUUGCUGCAAAUGAGCAGACGUUCCAUACGCCGAGCCUUGGGGACGAGGAGUUCGAAAUCCCACCCAUUACCCCCCCGCCCGAGUCAGACCCUGCACUGGGGAUGGCAGAUAUCCUGCUGCCCUUUCAGGGCCUUGGUGACCAGCUGCCUGCCCAAGGAAAUGAAUUUACACCUCAGUUCCCCCCCCAGAGCUUGGAUCUUCCCUCUAUUACAAUAUCCCGAAAUCUCGUGGAGCAAGACGGCAUCAUCCACAGCAAUGGAUUGCAUAUGGAUCAGAGUCACACGCAAGUUUCCCAGUAUCGCCAGGAUCACUCUCUGAUUAUGAGAUCUAUUGUCCAUAUGACUGACGCUGCUCAUUCGGGAAUUAUGCCUCCUUCUCAGCUAACCACCAUUAACCAGUCUCAGCUAAGUGCACAGCUGGGGCUAAAUUUAGGAGGCACUAAUUUGCCACACACUUCUCCCUCCCCUCCUGCAAGUAAAUCAGCCACUCCUUCCCCAUCCAGCUCUAUAAAUGAAGAAGAUGCAGAUGAGUCAAAUAGAGCUACUGGAGAAAAAAGAGCUGCACCGGAUUCUGGCAAGAAGCCCAAGACUCCAAAGAAGAAGAAAAAGAAAGAUCCCAAUGAGCCACAAAAGCCAGUGUCAGCGUAUGCCCUUUUCUUCAGGGAUACACAAGCUGCAAUUAAAGGGCAGAACCCGAAUGCAACUUUUGGAGAGGUUUCAAAAAUAGUGGCAUCUAUGUGGGACAGUUUAGGAGAAGAACAAAAACAGGUUUAUAAAAGAAAAACUGAAGCUGCCAAAAAAGAAUACUUAAAGGCACUUGCUGCCUAUAGAGCAAGCCUUGUUUCUAAGGCUGCUGCAGAAUCUGCUGAGGCCCAGACAAUUCGUUCUGUUCAGCAAACAUUGGCAUCCACAAAUUUGUCUUCCUCCCUUAUUCUGAAUACUUCUCUUUCUCAACACGCACCAGUAUCGGCAUCUCCUCAAACUCUUCAACAGUCCCUUCCCAGAGCAAUUGCUCCAAAACCUUUAACCAUGAGACUGCCGAUGAAUCAGAUUGUAGCUUCUGUUACCAUUGCACCAAACAUGCCAACAAACAUUGCAGCUCCAUUGAUAAGCUCUAUGGGAACAAACAUGGUGGCAACGCCGUCUUCAUCUCAAGUCAGUCCCUCAAUGCAAAGCCAGCAGCACCAGAUACAGCAGCUUCAGCAGCAACAGAUGCAGCAGAUGCAACAGCAGCAGCUACAUCAGCAUCAAAUGCAUCAGCAAAUACAACAACAAAUGCAACAGCAGCAUUUUCAGCACCACAUGCAACAACAUUUGCAGCAGCAGCAGCAUCUUCAGCAGCAAAUUAAUCAACAGCAAAUGCAACAGCAACUGCAGCACAUACAGCUUCAGCAAAUGCAGCAGCAGCAGAUGCAGCAUAUGCAACACCAGUCACAGCCUUCUCCUCAGCAGCAUUCUCCGGUAGCCUCUCAGAUCACUUCUCCCAUCCCUGCCAUUGGGAGCCCUCAGCCAGCACCUCAGCAGCACCAGUCACAAAUACAAUCUCAGACACAGACUCAAGUAUUAUCGCAGGGAUCACCACGGAGCCUACUUUCAGUCUGGGAUCGCUCUAGUGUGGAUCCUUUGUGGAGGAAAAGGGCUGAGAGGACCCACUCGGCAGGGGGUGGGCGGGAGCUCUGAGCGACCUCCCUUGUGGGCAUUUUCUUGUCUUGUUUGAUAUAUUUCCUGAGAGCGAUCUAUUUUUGGAGGUGGUGAAUACUCCCUCUUACAUUUCUCAAGAUUACAUGAUUAUCCAGGAAUUUCCUUCAGAUAUCCAGAAAACAUUUUAGCAAACAUGAACAUUGUGGCAGCAAUAGUACACUUGAGCCCCUAUAGAGCUACAAUUAAAAUAGAGAUUAUUCCACAGAUAUUCCAGUUCUUUUUUCUCCAGUGGUGAAAAUUGAGUGAAUUUCUGAGGAAAACAAAAUUCAUGCUAUGUAUUCAUUGCUUUUAUAAGACC